AUGUUGCACAGUUCCCUGCCACGAGCGUUCCUAGCUCCUGGACUGAACUACCUGGGCUACUAUGGCGACGAGGUUCUCCAGUACCCCUACGGGAGCCCUAGCUGGCAUAUCCCCAUGGAGAGUACCUCGACCUACCCCAGGGUGUCCGACCAUCACGUCCUGCAGACGUGGGACGUGUCCAAGUCGUCGACUCCGUGCCCUCUGGAUCUAUCUCUGAAGCCUCCUCCGACGCCGACCACGCCGAAGGUCGAGGAGCAACCUCGACCGGAGCCCAAGAAGAGUCACAGGAACCUAGAAGAGAUAAAUAAUGACUCCGAGAACCUUACUUACGUCAGAAAUACCGAGGAAGCUGGGUCUCUGGUGGUGGACGAGUUCGACUCCGUCCCUCGAAGCUCAUCAGUGCACAGUCACUCUAGUUACGAACAACUGCUCGCCAAGAACGACGCUCUUCAGCUUCAGGACUCCCCGGAGAAGCUCUGUGUCCUGGACGAGGGCACUCGUCUGGUCCCGUUCGCCUCCACCGGGUACACUCACAGCCAGAAACUGGCACUGGUUAGUCCUGAAAACUACCAUCAUCAGCUCCUCCUGACUCCUCAGCAUCACCUUCAGAGCAUGCACGCUCCCAUGACACCGCCCAGCACUCCCUCGCCUCCUCAGUGCCCCAGAAGGAAGAUCCGAGAGGAAGACGCGAGUCCAGUGACCUCCAGCAACGCCACCCUCGCCAACGGACUCAGAGCUGGCUCCAGUGACAAACUCCUCCAAAGACCAAAGAAGAAGCACGCCAGAAGACUAAAGUUUGACGAGGACACCAGCAGCCCCGUCUCGGGAACCGUGAUUCUAGGCCCCGACGAGGCUGUGGUCACCGGAGACAUCGAUCCGGCUUUCAACAUCGUUGAAGUCACCGAGGAGGCGCGCGCAGAGCUCGCUAAAAUCGAGAACAGGCUCGGACCUUAUCAGUGCAAGCUCUGCAGGCAGCUCCACGAGGACGCGUUCCAGCUGGCCCAGCACAGGUGCAGCCGGAUAGCCCACGUCGAGUACAGGUGUCCCGAGUGCGACAAGAGGUUCUCCUGCCCCGCGAACCUCGCCUCCCAUCGCCGCUGGCACAAGCCCAGGCUGACCAACGGCGAGCACUCGUCUUCAGCGAACGCCAUCGAGAUACCCUGCACCAGGUGCGACGCGAAGUUCACCAGACAGGCGGCGCUCAGGAAGCAUCUGGCUAAUCAGCACCCGGAGACCAACAACAACGUUCUCAUGGAUGGACAGGGAGGUAUGAUUAAGCACGAUGUCGCGCGGAUGGGCUCGGAGGGAGCUUUGAACACCGAGGUGCCCUGA